UAUAAAUGACCUCUUUCGAAGCAUUUUAACUUUGUACCUCUAAAUACCAUGUCUUCAAAAACCCUUCAAUGGUUAAGCCUUGUGGGUAUAAUAUGGCUUCAGUCUGUAAAUGGAACAAACAGCAACUUUCCUGCAUACUCCUCCCAACUCAAACAACUCCUUUCUAUGUCUCAAGUUCAGCUAAACAACCUUGCCUUUGCCUCAGAUGCUGGAAAACUAUUUGGCUUCUUUUCUGGAAUUGCUGCUCUUUAUCUUCCUCUAUGGCUAGUCCUCUUGAUUGGUUCAACUCUUGGUUUGGCUGGUUAUGGUUUGCAAUAUCUCUUCAUAACAAAUCAAAUUUCCUCUCUUUCUUAUGCCCAUAUUUUCUUGCUCACUGUUUUGGCUGGAAAUAGUAUCUGUUGGAUCAACACAGUUUGCUAUGUUGUUACCAUCCAGAACUUCCCUUCUGAUCGCCAAGUUGCUGUAGGAUUAACCAGUAGUUAUCAAGGAUUAAGUGCUAAAAUCUACACAGUACUUGUUGACUCCUUCACCUUUUCUCCUGUUAAAAGAGCUAAAGCCUAUCUUCUUCUUAACUCUUUAUCACCUUUACUAGUGAGUGUGGUGGCUGCACCAUUUGUUAGAGAUGUUAAUGUUGGAACUAGCACGAACAUGAAGGUUGGGUUCGUAGUCAUGUUUGUGAUAACAAUAGCCACAGGAGUCUAUGCUGUUGUCAGCAGUUUGGGAUCCGUGUCAAGUAGGUUACCUCCAUUAUGCAAUGCCAUUGGUAUCUUAGUGUUCCUGUUAGCCCCACUUGCGAUUCCAAUGGCAGAGAAGAUGAAAGAAAAGUUCUUGAAUGGAGAGAUGAAGGUGUAUAUAGAGGAGAAUGUUGGUGAUCAUGUUGAGAGAAUAGAGAGUGGGAUAAAAGUGGAAGAUGAUCAUACAAGGGAAGGUGAGGUGGGUGUGAAGGAGGAAAUUGGGGUGAUGUUGAUGUUAACAAGGGUUAAUUUUUGGUUGUAUUUCUUUGUAUAUUUGUCCGGUGCAACACUCGGGCUAGUUUAUCUGAAUAACUUGGGACAAAUAGCUGAGUCUCGUGGGUGCUCGGGGACUUCUUCUCUAGUUUCUUUGUCUUCCUCAUUCGGGUUCUUUGGCCGACUCAUGCCAUCUCUCCUGGACUUCUUUUUGUCAAAAAGUAGGUACAUGAUAUCAAGACCAGCUUGUAUAGGAGUAUUGAUGGCCCCAAUGGCAGGAGCUUUCUUCUUACUUCUCGACACAGCAAAUAUCUCCCUUUAUAUCAGCACCGCCAUCAUAGGUGUUUGUACUGGGGCAAUCACUUCCAUUUCUGUAUCAACAACAACCGAGCUUUUUGGCACUAGGAAUUUCAGUGUCAACCAUAAUGUUGUGGUUGCCAAUAUCCCUAUAGGCUCCUUCCUUUUUGGCUACUCGGCAGCACUUCUUUAUCACAGGGAAGGUAAUGAAGAUGGCAAAUGCAUGGGGAUGGAAUGCUAUAGGAGCACUUUCAUUAUAUGGGGAUCACUUUGUCUUUUUGGCACUUUCCUAGCUUUAGUCCUCCAUGCUCGCUUGAGAAAAUUCCACUCGCAUACAUAGAUUAACAAGAAAAUGAAACUUACUGUAGGAAUUGAGUUCAUGUGGAUCAAAAUUAUCAUUGA